AUGGAAGAAGCCAAGUUGAUAUACACAGACAGACGGAGAGAUAAACUCUCUCGAAUAUAUACAGAAGCCCUAAUAGCAGACAUUCAGAAAAAGAUAACAGAAGCUUUUGAAGUGUUCGACCACGAAUGCAAUAAAACUGUGGAUGUCAGAGAGAUUGGCACAAUCAUCAGGUCAUUAGGUUGCUGCCCAAGUGAAAGUGAAUUACAUGAUUUGCUUGCAGAGGUAGAAGAAGAAGAACCUACAGGGUAUAUUCGUUUGGAAAAAUUUCUUCCAAUGAUGACAAAAGUAUUAAUGGAAAGAAGAUACCGACCUAUUCCAGAAGAUGUACUUUUACGUGCAUUUGAGGUUUUAGAUGUGAAUAAAUGUGGACAUCUUACUAAAGAGGAGUUAGUCAAAUAUAUGACAGAAGAAGGUGAACCUUUUACACAGGAAGAAAUGGAGGAGAUGCUGUCUGCUGCUGUAGAUCCUGAAACAAAUACUGUUCGUUACAAAGACUAUAUUACAAUGAUGGUAGUAGAUGAAAAUUAAGGUCAGCCUGUAGAACUAAUGGGCCACUUAGUUUCACAAGUGUAAAUUUUGAGUUAGAAUGGCAUCAUAGAAAUUAGUCUGAGAGUGUUUUUAAUUCCAAUAAAAUUUUGUGAAAGUAUUUCCUUGGAGUUUGUAUUUUUGAAUAUAAGAAACAUUUAAGAUGGCUGAUCAGGACAAAUAAACAAGAAAUGAUUUUAGAAAUACAUUUGAAAAAGACUGGGGAGGAUGGGACUUUUGCAGAUCAAGAUAGCAAGCAGAUGAGUGGGCUUUUAAUAUGGUGGAAAAUUUAAAUA